GGGCGGUGCUACGGUUGCCAGCGAGCGAAGUGUUGGGUUUAGUAUACGGCUUUUCUUUUUUUUGUAUUUCGUGGAGUUGAGUGUUUUGUGUGAAGAACUGCAAGGAAUGGGAGAUUCGCACGUUUCACAAGGUCUGUAAAAGUAAAUGCGGUGCAUGGAGUGAUGCUCCAGAUUUACAUUUAUUCCUUGUUGUCAAGUCCAAAGAUCUUUGUGCAGUGUUUUAAGUCCCAGUAGUGCCCUUUUUGGUUUGUACUUGGUAUAAAAUUUCAAGAUUUGAUCAGGAAUUCCACAGAAGUCGACUACCUCAGUGAGGAGCGGGAACAGCCAAAUCGGCGAAGAUGCAUACAACUCGUAGUUCUGGGCCUGUCUCCAGCACUCCACCUGCAAGUAUCAGUGACACACAGGACCUUAGUCUGACUGGUUCUCAGGUGUCUGUUGGUCAUCGACCUGGCAGUGCAUCUCCAUCUAAACACUUCUCUCGGUCCUUCUCUGUCACUGCUGACAACAAGACCAAGCAUAACUUCCUGGGUGAUUCUGGAUUUGGCAGCUCCCGCUCUAUUAAAAAUUUGAGGAGGUCCAACAGCACAACACAGGUCAACCAAAAGGGCAAUGCUUGUCUCAGUGAAGAACAGUCGGAGGAUUUCCUUUCCUUGUUUGAUAGCAGCUCUAAUGGCAGGAGAAAACUAGCUAGCCUUAGUAAAGCCUCUCCAGAUCAGACCACCUGGAACAUUCUGGAUGACCAUCCCCGAGCCUUUCCAAUCCAAGGAAGCGCUCGUAGUACAAGUAGUUGUGAAUCUCCCACUGGCAUGAAGAAAAAAGAAGCUGUAGUGACUCUAGCUGCCAAUUUCACAGCUAACAAUAGGAGCAACAAAGGAACUGUUGGCAACUCGGUCACUACCAUCCUUCACAACAAUUACCCUGAUAAGCAGCUGACCCCAAAAAGCUCUAACCAGAAGCCCACAUCUCUCAACAACAUUGUCAAGGCUACUGUUAAUGAAGAUGGUACUCUAGAAAAUGGCUCCCUAACCAAGUCUCAGAAGAACUUCUCAUCAUCCAAUAACAAUGCAACCUGUAGCAGUCCCAAUCAGCAAAGAAGACUGGAAGUGACAGAAGAAGAGGCUGAAAGAUUUAUUCAGCAGGUGAACCAUGCAGCAUUGAUCAUCCAGCGUUGGUACAGGAGGCAUGCUAAGAGACGACGAGUAGGAGAGGCUGCUCUUAAACGCUUGCUCGCCUCCAAGAAACAGGAGAGGGUACAAAAGGCUGAAGAGACUAAAGUGCAGGACGUUCAAAAAAAGACUCCUGAUGAUCGGAAAAAGAUCCGUGAGGAGAAGGCACGUUUGGCCAGAAAAGCUGCGAUUCAGGAGUUACAGAAUAAAAGAGCACAGAGAAUGAGUGAGGUUCAGCGAGUGGCAGAAGAAGAGUUAGCUGCACUGAGACAAGAAGGAAAAGUUGGGAAAAAGAAGCCUUUCAAGUCAUUUCCCAGCAGCCGAUCCAGUGAUGACGUCAAAGCCACCAACAAAGAUCAUCCUGUCUCUUCUGAAGCUGAAAUCCACAGUCCACAGGAUGCUCUACAAAGAGGAGAAGAUAUAGAUGAAAAUCAAAAUGGGGGUCUGUCAAGCAGAACACAAUCAAAGGCAACACUCAAUGAGCUUCUUGACACAUUGAAGUUGUUGGAAGAGGAGCCAGAACAGCUACCAGAACCUACUAGAUAUAAGCAGGAGAAAUAUUUGUAUUUUGAUGAGGACAGAGACUCAAAUCCUCUCACAGUUGAUAACUUGGAACGUCUGGGUAAGAUGAAUCAUUCCCCUGUGCUUGGAGAGGGGGGUUCAUUGUUGUCAGAGGCCAAGCUGCAAAGUAUUAUGAGCUUUUUAGAUGAAAUGGAAAAGUCUGAACAAGAGAGGCCAAGAUCCGUCACUUCAGGUUCUCAUAGAGAUGUUGUCCUGUCAGAAGAAGAUCUAGCACAAGUGGAUCAAGCUUCGGCUACUGCUGCUGAAGUGACUGGCACCAUGAUGAGGCUGAAACUUGAACUAGAGGAAAAAAAACGAACUGUGAACAUGCUGCAGGUUGCACUGGCUCAGCAGCGAGAGCUUACUGUCCGCCACAUCAAAGAGACCGAAAAAGAGCUGAAUCACAAUUUGCAGCUGCAGAAGGAGCAAUAUGAAGCUACCAUUCAGAGACAUCUUUCCUUCAUAGAUCAGCUUAUCGAUGACAAGAAGAGUCUGAGUGAACAGUAUGAGAGUGUUGUAACUGAACUCAAACAGUCUGACCAGAAAUACACUAAGAAGAUCUCUCACAUGCAGGAGCAGCAUGAAGUGGUCUGGCACAUUCUGGGUCCCUUGUGUGAGGAGAUUAAGAAGCUAAAAGAACUAAUGAGUGCUACAGAAAAGAUCCGCCGUGAGAAAUGGAUUGAUGAAAAAACUAAAAAGAUAAAAGAAAUAACUGUGAAAGGACUAGAACCUGAAAUACAGAAGCUGAUUGCCAAACAUAAGCAGGAACUCAAAAAGCUGAAGACAAUCCAUGAAGCUGAGUUGCUCCAGGCAGAUGAGCGUGCUGCCCAGAAGUAUGUGCGGCAGUGUGAGGAGUUGAGGAGCCAACUGGAAAGGGACAAGGAAGAGCUGUGCAAUAGAGAAAGGGAGCUUGCCAAGCAAAGGUAUGAAAAGCAGCUACAGGAAGAGGAGCAGUCAAUACACCAGCAAAGACGACGUCUGUAUGGUGAAGUGGCAGAGGAGAAAGAGAGAGUAGCACAGCUUGCUGCCAAGCAGAGAGCAGAACUAGAUGAACUGAAGAGACAGGUGGAAGCAAACAGUUCACUGGCAAACCGCACUUUACGAGAAGAAUACGAGAGAGCCAGAGAAGAACAAGAACGGAGGCACCAGGCAGAAAUUAAAGCUUUGAAGGAGAGGCUGGAAAUAGAAAAACAAGCUUGGGAAGAAAAUUACAUGAAGAAAGAGGAGGCUUGGUUGUUGAGUAGGGAACGAGAGCUGAAGGAAGAAGUGCGGAGAGGCAGAGACAAAGAAAUUGAAUUGGUAAUUCAGAGACUGGAAGAGGAAACCAGUGUGGCAAGAGAGGAGUGUGAAAGGGCAGCCGAGAGCAGAGUGAAACGUGUUAGAGAAAAGUAUGAGGUAGAAAUUCAAGAACUUGAACGCUCAGAGAGAAACCUGCAGGAACGCCACAACGAGCUGAAGGGACGCUUAAAUGAGGCCGAUGCUGAGAUUCUUCGUCUCAAAGGACUCCUCCGUCACAAAGAACAAGAGGUGCAGGACAUCUCGCAGAUAAAAGACAGGCUAACAGAGGAACGUCGGAGUCUGGCAGACGUUAUCCGGCAGGAAUUUGCAGACCGACUUGUAGCCACAGAGGAGGAAAAUAAACGCUUAAAGACAGAGAUGUCAGAAGCAAAGGCAAGGCAUAGACUGGAGCUAGAGAGACUUACCCAUGAUAAAGAGGAGGAACUGGCGGAGGUUCACAAGAGGGUCAAAACUGCAAUACUAAAGAAGGAUGAAGCUGUGAACAACCUCCGAAAGCAACAUGAUGCUGCACUUAAACGUGCUGAUCAUUUGGAAGCCUUACUAGAGCAGCAGCGCAAACAGCUACUGGGAAAGUGAUUUGAAUCAAUGGCAAGUAGUUGGAGCCAGAAGCCAUCCUUGGAUUUCUUUGGCAUGUAUUUAAGUGAUGAGGAAUAAGUGUCCACAGACCUCAUCUGCAGUGACCACUUAUCUGAUCUCUCUGAUUCCUUUAAACUCUGUGCUAAGUGGCAAGGAGAGCUGUCCUGUUGUAUUCCCUGAUUUAAACAGGGCUUUAAGUAGCUCAAUUAGAGCUGGUAUGAAAUCCAAAUGGAAAAUUGCAAUUCUUGCCUGGGGCAGAAAGAAAAAAGAAAACUUCUGAAAAGUAUACAGUACAUGUGGUUAUUGCCAAUAUUGUCCUGCAUUUUUUAUUUUUAUACAUCUAUAUGUAUAUUAGGCUGGAUGAACUGAUAUGAAAAAUAGUUAUUCAUAAUUAGUAGAGAGAGUGCUUUAUAAAUAGCUAGAGUAUUUAAUAACAAAGGCCCUGUCGUAAUGUUUUACAAUAAAACACUGAAGAGACAAACUAAAUAUAUUGCUUUAAU